AUGGUGUCUCUAAACUUCUUGCUCCUGGGCUUCUCUGAACACCCAUGGCAGAAGCCCCUCUUGUUCAGACUCUUCUGGGGCAUGUACCUGGUCACCCUGAUGGGGAACCUACUCAUCAUCCUGCCCAUAGCUGCUGACCAGCACCUCCGCACCCCCAUGUACUUCUCCCUGGCCAACCUGUCCUUCAAUACCUGCUUCUCCUGUUCCAUUGUCCCCGAGGUGCUGGUGAACAUCCAUACACAGCACCACUCCACCUCUCAUACUGGGUGCCUCAUGAAGAUGUAUUUCUCCAUGGCGUUGGCCCUGCUGGAUGACUUUCUGCUGGCCGUGAUGGCAUAUGACUGCCAUGUGGCCAUCUGUCUUCCUCUGCGCUACCCCACAAUCAUGUGUCUCCAAUGCUGCCUGGGGCUGGUCGCUGCAUCCUGGCUCUGCUCCCACCUCUUGGCCUUCUCACUCACUCUCCUGAUAUUUCAGUUCUCUUUCUGUGCCCCCCAUUCCAUCUUUGUACCCUGUGACCAUCUCCCAUUCCUCAAACUGGCCUGUUCAGACACUCGUAUCUUUCAGGUAAUGAUGUUCACUGAAGCCGCCCUUUCAGGUGUGGUCUGUGUCACCUGUGUCCUGGUCUCCUAUGCCCACAUCACCGAUGCCAUCCUCAGGGUACCCUCUGCUUGGAGGAAGCACAAAGUCUUCUCUACCUGUGGCUCUCAACUGUCAGUGGUCACUCUCUUCUAUGGGACACUCUUUCUGGUGUAUUUCCAUCCCUCAUCCUCCUAUUCAGCAGACCCUGGAAUGGUGGCACCUGUGAUAUACACAAUGGUGACCCCCAUCCUGAGCCCCUUUAUCUAUAGCCUGAGGAACAGGGACAUGAAAAGGGCUUCGUGGAGACUCUUCGGUUGGGCAAGAUGUUCCACCCCAUAA